CCGACUACGUAUGCGUGAUGACGUCAUGCGGCGACCCGUGUGUGAUACUGUCGCCAUAGAAACGGUUUGUUUGAGGCUUUGAGCGACGGGCUGAAAACAAAAUGAAAUUGAAGCGGUUUCUUUUAAGAUAUUAUCCACCAGGGAUAAUUCUAGAAUAUGAACAAGGAGGAUGUUGUGAGGAUUAAAUCAAUCGACCUUCUGGAUUUGUCUCCAGAAACAAACCCAGACCAGUUAGUGUCAGAGAUCAGACAAGCUGAGCCUCUGAUCACAGAGUCCCGUGCUGAUCAGGUCAGACACUUGAUCCUACGACUUCAGCAGAAACAGGGCCAGCAGGACCACCAAGAGUUGCACAACUGCAAGGUGCUUACAGCGCACAUACUGCCACUGACAAACAUUGCCUUUGACAAAUCAGGCUCAAGGUUUAUAACUGGGAGCUACGACAGAACAUGUAGGGUUUGGGACACAGCCUCAGGCACAGAGCUUCACAAACUUGAGGGUCACAGAAAUGUGGUGUAUGCCAUUGCAUUCAACAACCCUUAUGGAGACAAGAUUGCCACUGGCUCUUUUGAUAAAACCUGCAAGCUGUGGUGUGCUGAGACUGGAAAAUGUUUUUAUACCUUUCGGGGGCAUAUGGCAGAAGUAGUGUGCCUGGCGUUUAAUCCUCAGAGUACCCUGGUGGCCACAGGCAGCAUGGAUGCAACUGCCAAGUUGUGGGAUGUGAUGAAUGGAGAGGAGGUGGCUACUUUAGCUGGUCACACUGCAGAGGUCCUGUCUCUCUGCUUUAACACAUCAGGCAGUCAGCUCGUCACUGGUUCCUUUGACCACACUGUUUCUAUAUGGGAUGUUGCUUCAGGAAGGCGUGUUCACGUUCUGCGAGGUCACACUGGGGAAAUAAGCAAUGUUCAGUUUAACUGGGACUGCUCCCUCAUAGUCACAGGCUCCAUAGAUAAAAACAGCAAGCUGUGGGACGCCAGCAGCGGGAAGUGUGUGGCCACUCUCGAUGGUCACAAAGAAGAAGUGCUGGAUGUGUGUUUUGAUUUAACUGGCCAGCUCAUUGCUUCAGCUUCUGCUGAUGGAACCGCACGAGUGUACAGUGCCGCCACACACCAAUGCCUUGUGACACUAGAGGGCCAUGAGGGAGAGAUUUCAAAGAUCUGUUUCAGUCCCCAGGGCAGCAGGUUACUGACUGCCAGCGCGGAUAGGACGGCUCGUCUCUGGGAUGUUCAGUCUGGAGUUUGCCUUCAGGUCUUGGAGGGGCAUAGGGACGAGAUCUUCUCAUGUGUCUUCAACUAUGAGGGCAACACCAUCAUUACAGGCAGCAAGGACAACACAUGCCGGAUCUGGUACUGACUCUUCCCCUGGGCUACAGAAUGAGGCAGGUAGUUCACUCUAAAGCAUGUCCAGGAGCCAGUCAAAGAGGCUGGAGAGACACCUGCCCUCCUCUUGUUCUUUCUCAUGGAUCUUACAGAACUGAAUGACAGCGCUGAACAAGUCUGCAAUCUGCCACGACUUCUGAGACAUCAGGUGGACCACCUUUUGGAACUGAGGAAACAAAAAUCCAAAAAUAAACAUUCACUUUGGCAAGUUUAUGAGGAUUAUUACUGGACAUAUAUAUAUAUAUAUAUAUAUAUAUAUAUAUAUGGUCAGUAAUAGUAAUCUAAAUACUGACAUCUUCACUUCCUGUGUCAUAACUGAUGAGUUAUCUGCUUUUCUUUCAUCAAGCAGUUUAAUUUUUAAGUUCCAACAGACUUCAUAGAAAUACGGACAUUUGUGUCAUGUUUCCCAAGGACACACAAUUUUUACACCGUCAGUAAAAUUCAGUUAAUAAAAAGAAAGCUGGACACAAAAAU